ACACCCAAAAGCAGCAGCAGCUUUUUCCUGGAUUCAUUUCUUGAUGACAAGCUGUUCAAACAGAGAACACCUAUCAAACCCAGUAUUAUCCUCUGCUGCUUUUUUCUUCUGGUAGACACCGCUGUCCAUCAGAAGAAAUAAUUAAUGGGUCUAUUAUGUGUGAAAGCGUCAUCCUGUCAGUUCAGUGCCUGGUUUGAAUAGCUCAUAUCUGCUACUCAUUGAUGCCAUGCGUGCUCACUGUCCUGAGAGAUGACAAAACACUACACCCUUUGGGAUUUUUUCCCCCCUGUUCAAAAGCAGCAUUUCACAUCUGUGUCUGACAGAAGCAUUAGGAGCCGAGAGAGGCAGACCCUCAUCAUUCUUCACAAAAUGAUGUUGCUUGGGUUAAAAGUUAAGACCUGAAGUCCACCGAUCCUGCUUUUUUCCUAAAGAAAUGUAAAACAUGGAGGCUACCACAUGUUUAUGGAAACAACUUUUCAGUGUUGGAAUAACCUACAGCAAACAGAUGGAAUUUACUGGAUGCUAAAUCUGUUAAUGAAUUUUCAAGGGGUGCUGAAUACUUUUAGUUAACUGGGGUCAGUAGAUUUGCCUCUUUUUUCUGAAAAGAUGCAAAGUUUACAGGUUCUUUUCUGUUACUUCACUAGGACAGAGUAAGUAAAAAAUGCUGAAUAUGGAAGAAAUUCGAUAUUGGGGAUACAUGGAAAUAAGCUGGAAACAACCACUACCACAAGACUAAGCAGCAGUGAACGAGACGCUGUGGAGGAAGAAAUCACAAGACGAGAGUGCAUUUCAAAUAGAAAAGGCUUCCUAUCUGCUGAGUGAGUCUCAGUGUAUUCUGACAGAGCACAGAUAAAGCUUCAAUCAAAUAUCUCCUAGGUCUAUCAACAAAGCCGUAGCUGGGGACUGCCCCCUGCAUAAUCAUCAUGACUAAGACCCACGCAGGUGAAAAUGAGACCACCCUGGAUGAACAGUCUCCACAGAGGGGAAACGGUUGUCCUAUCAUAUGACUGCCAAAAAGGAAAGGAAAGUUCUGAUGUGCUGAAAUGGGACUAUGCGGACAAGCAGGAGAGGAAAGCAUGUCAGGGAAGUUCAGAGAGCGUUUAGGGAAUGACAUAGCAAAAGAAGGAGAACAUGAGGAAAAGAAAUAACGCACAUGCCUAUACCGUUUAUAUCAGGAGAGCAUACAAAAGAUAUCUCAAUGGCAGAAGAAACAGAGAUGCAACGUGACAUCAGUUUACACUGUACCAGCACCUCUGUCUCUGAAAGAAUAUUUUCAAGUACAGAAAGCAAUACGCAACAGUGCUAACAUCCGGAUGACAAUAAACCAACAACAAGAAUGGAAGUAAAUUUAUUCAGCAAUUCAACUGUUGUAAAUAGUUCAUCCAUCAACCAUAAGCAGUUAGAAGGGCAUAGCCUCUGGGAAGUCAUUACUAUUGCCACUGUAACUGCAGUUGUAAGCUUAAUAACCAUAGUGGGGAAUAUUCUUGUAAUGAUAUCAUUCAAAGUUAACAGUCAGCUUAAAACUGUUAACAAUUAUUACUUGCUCAGCCUUGCCUGUGCAGAUCUUAUCAUUGGAAUAUUUUCUAUGAACCUUUACACAUCUUAUAUACUCAUAGGCCAUUGGUCUCUUGGAAGUCUAGCAUGUGACCUGUGGCUAGCACUGGAUUAUGUAGCUAGCAAUGCCUCAGUAAUGAACCUCCUAGUCAUCAGUUUUGAUAGAUACUUCUCCAUCACAAGGCCUUUAACUUACAGGGCUAAACGCACACCCAAAAGAGCUGGUAUCAUGAUUGGUCUAGCUUGGUUAAUUUCGUUCAUUUUAUGGGCACCUGUAAUCUUGUGCUGGCAGUAUUUUGUGGGUGAAAGAACAGUACCACCUGAAGAAUGCCAGAUUCAGUUUUUAUAUGAGCCCAUUAUCACCUUUGGUACUGCAAUUGCUGCUUUCUACAUCCCAGUGUCAGUGAUGACUAUUUUAUAUUGCCGCAUCUAUAAAGAGACUGAGAAACGUACCAAGGACCUUGCUGAACUUCAAGGUUCUGAGUCUGUGGCAGAGUUUGAGAUGAUAAAGCCUCAGAAAGCUCUCCUGAAGUCUUGCUUCAGUUGUAAACAACAAAACUUAGUCAAAAGAGAGAGAUGUCAGGCUUCAUGGUCUUCAUCUAGUCGAAGUACAUCAGCUACAGUGAAGGCCUCUCAGGCAGUGAGUACUUGUAACGACUGGUCUAAAGCUGACCAGUUAACCACCUGCAGCAGCUAUGCAUCUUCAGAAGAAGAGGAUAAUAAGCUUGCCAGUGAUUCAAUUUUCCAAGUAACUUACAAAAGUCCAGACAAAGGUAAAGCAGAAGAGUUUAUUGAAAAGGAGAGUAAGGAUGUUAUUGUCAAAGACCAACCUGAAGAAAAUGAUUUUGAGACCCAGAAAUACUUUUUAUCGCCUGCGAAAGGCCACGUACAAAAAAGUAAGAAAUGUGUGGCCUAUAAAUUCCGCUUGGUGGUUAAGGCUGAUGGUGCCCAGGAAGCCAACAAUGGUUGCCGUAAAGUAAAAAUAACUCCUUGUGCUCCUGCUCUCUCAAAGGAUCCUUCCGUUAAAAGCAUGGAUCCAAAUAUAAGUAACCAAAUCACCAAAAGGAAAAGGAUGGUUCUUAUAAAGGAACGCAAAGCAGCACAGACUUUAAGUGCCAUUCUUUUGGCUUUUAUCCUUACAUGGACUCCCUACAACAUAAUGGUUUUGAUCUCCACAUUCUGCUCUGACUGCAUCCCCCUUACACUAUGGCAUCUUGGAUAUUGGCUGUGCUAUGUGAACAGCACUGUUAACCCCAUAUGUUAUGCUCUCUGUAACAAAACUUUCAGGAAGACUUUUAAGAUGCUGCUUUUCUGCCAGUGGAAAAAGAAAAAAGUGGAAGAGAAGCUAUACUGGCAGGGCAAUACCAGAUUGCCAUAAUUGCUCAUAUAUAAAUAACACGGGGAAAAAAAACAACCAAACAGGUAUUGACAUAACUGAGUAAACUGACUGUAAUUCUGUCAUUUUAGACUGUUGCUUCAUAUGUCUAGGGGUUCAAACAUGUCAGCGAAAAAGUAAAAUUGUGCAUGAAAAUAGCGUGCUUGGGAUGAAGAAGUCAGUGGCUGCUGUGAACAGCGGAGAGUGUUUGUGAUUAUGCAGUACAUCUGCAUUAAAGUUAUUGUGUUUGAGGUCUUCUGUCCUUUCUUUCAGACUGAGAAAGAGUAGUGUAGUUUAUAGAUUACUAGAAAUUAGACUUGGAUUAUACCUAUCAGGUCAUCCAGUCUAUCCUCCUGUAGUGCAGAACUGUUUCUUCCUGUAGUUUCCUCCUUCCUUUCUAGUGUUUUGUCUAUUCUAGUUUUCAAUGUACCAAGCAAUGGAGCUUCCACUACUUUCCUUCUGAGACUUUUUCAUCUCCUGUUGGAAUGGAAGAAGGACUAUUUAAAGGGGGAAAUAAUAAAUGGUCAGGGAGAUUCUUAGUACUCCAAAUGGACAAAUAUAUUAUGGCAGAGUAUAAUGCUGAGAAAUUUCCACUUUGACUUUUGGGAGAGAGUAAGGGCUCAUGGGGAGGAAAUAGGUAAGUAUUUUGUGUAUUAGAAGCCCAGUCACAAUCUCAGUGCCAUCAUGUAAGUCAGCAUCAUCAGUAAACAAGGGUAAUAGCAGAGAACUCUGAAUUUGUAUUUCUUUAUUUCUCAAUGCCUGUGAAGGAAAUUUUUAAAAUUUGUGUGAUAGUGACAAUAAUACAAAUCAGAACUGACCAUACAACUUAAUGGAUAUAGUCUAUCUACUAUACAAAAUAAGAGGACAUGAGGAAAGUCUGUUUUCAACCUCCUCUGUUAGCCUUCCCCUUGCCCCCAAAGUUUCCAUUAGUUUAGUGAUAUGCAGAACACAAGAAAAAUACAUAUUGAUGUCCUGCACAUUCGUCUAUGCUAUGAAUAAUUAUUAAAAGCACUGAUAGAAUUGGUAUCUCUGAAAUAACGAAAGAUUUUUAAAAUAAUUUUUGAAUAUUUAUAUAAAACUAAUAAUGACACUUUGCACUUUCACAGCACUUUUUAUCUUUACAUAGCUUUACAAAUAGUAACUGACACUAGGCAUCUGGAAACACAAGUUCUCUCCAGUCAAUGUCUUCUGGUCCAGCAGAACCAUACAGGACUGGGGACUGGAAAAAUCCCUCUUACGGCUUUGGAAUCUGGGAUCUGCAUGUACUGGCCUAGUUACAGUGAGUUGAGAAUCUGUCCACUAGCUCAGGUUUGCUGGGGCUCUGGAUGUGUGGUAAAGUCACUGCUGUGACAGGAUGAACUGUAUGUGCUUAUCUGAUAUCUGUGUCAGAUUGACAGGAGCCCUGCAACAUUGACCGAAUAAGUGUAUUUAUGGGGCUGCUUUUAGCACAAAGCAACUGAAAUGGAACUGAUGAUCUGGCUCAUUGUGGUGGAAACAAACAUGAAGCAUCAGAAAAGGCCAAAAGAAAGCAAAGUUAAUGGUGGCAACAGAAGUCAUAAGGAAUGAAGUCUGAAAGUAAACAUAUGUUAAUGAAUAAAUGAGAAAGAACUCUGGAUAACGCACUGAGUCCAUGUCACAAAGUUCAGAUUCAGCUCUAGCCUUCCUAUCAAAAUUCAGGGUGAGAUGCUCUGGAAUACUGGUUUGGGUAAAGCUCCAUGUUAUAUCUACUAUACGUGUUAGCGUGACAUUACAGUGGUGACGUGACACAGUUGCACAUUUCAGAGAUAGUGGUAGUCAUCCUGAACAUACUGUUGCUUUCAACAGAAUUGUUCACAUAAUUUAUUAAAUUGUUGUACUAUGAAAAUGUUUUUCUACAGAUAUAUAAUUCCUUCAGGUCAAUAACCACAGUACAAGCAAUUAAUAUUUUUUAUCCCCGGUCUCCAGAGGGGAAAAUUGUGUCAGUGAAAGAUUAGCAGUGCAGUAAUGUAAAAAUAAGUUCUCUAAAUUCAUAUGAUUGAUUUUGAAACAUACCAUACUGUGCCUGUUAUUUUUGGUACAUUAGCAUAUGAUUGAUUAUUAAAGCAAGGUAUGGGUUUUUAUAAAGACCCUUUCAUCAGUUUUCCUCUCUCACUAUCCAGAACUUUUCCUGUGAACAAUAACUAUGUACAAGUUGGUCAUUAUAGUGGAUUCAUUUUAUAUUACAUUGGAUCAGACAUUCAGUAAACAGUGUGUUUGAUUCUUAGCAAAUUCAUGUGUCCCUCUGUGGCACAAGCUGUAGUUAAAGGCAAAAUUUAUGAACUAGUAACAGUUCCUGCUAGCUGCGGUGUUAUUGCAAAAGUAAAGCAUCGGCUUCUACUUCUGAAAUUAAAUGGGAUAUUUUUUGUCAGUUUUCGGCUUCUGUUGAACAAGAGUGUUCUGUAAAUGUUUAUGGAGUCUGUGCUCAGUAAAUGUAUUAAAUUACACAGUGAUGGAUGCAACAAUGUUGGUUUAAUGUAAUCGUGAAAUAUGUGUUCAAAUUAUGCUGCUAGCACUUUAUAAUGUGAGACAUUACAUUACCAAACCUAGGUGCAUUGUAAAUACCUAGAAUUAUAUAAAAAAAUGUUGUUGCUUUAUUGUUAUGUAGGAUGUUUACUCAAAAAUAAUCAAAAAAAAAAAACCCUCACGAUCCUCAAGAGAACAUCAGUCGGGACUUAAUUAUAUCCUGUUUUCAAGUUCUAUAAAGCUUCCUUUAAAACAUAUUGUGGGACUUUUGCAGUGUCAAACAAUCUUGUUAUCUAUAUUUCUGUCCCUUUAAUGAAUCUUUUACUCAUCUUUUCAUUUUGAUUAAGGUCAUGGUCAUGGACUUGUGCAAAGAUCUUUUCUGUAAAAUUGCAUUUUAUUUUUAUAUACAUAUGUAUUUAUAUGUAUGUCUGUAUGUAUAAAUCCCUAACUAAGCUUUUCAGGGACAAAACACACGUUAAUAUUUUGGAAUAUUGAAUUCUUCCCCAAAGGAAAUAGAUCUAUCAUUUUUGUCUCUCCCUUUUCGUAUGCCUCCUUAUAUAUCCCAGAUCUCCAUAAAGUACCAAAUAAUACAUUUUAUGUAAAUAUAAUUUCUGUUUGUACAUAAAUACUUGGAAGAAUUCUCAUAAUUUUUAAACUGACAUAAAACAUUUAUUUAAAAUUGGGCACUUUUUGUGACUCUUCAGCACAGAAUGCAGAGCUUUGCGAAGAACAGAAAGUCAAGACAGAAUGCAAAUGCAGAAUUUUGCUUUAUAGAAAAAUUAUUUUGAAUUAAAUAAGGAUGAAAUCAAAAAGGUUAUAGAGAAAAUGCUGUAACAACCUAUAAAAUAUGAUAGAGCAUAUUUUGCCAUUAACUUAAUUAUACAAUGUAACAAAUAAUCAUGCUUAUCCUAUUGAACUCUGCAUGUCAGUUGAUAACUGCUAUCAGUUGUUGAAAGAUAUUUCUGUAUCUCCUCUCUGUUGUAUCCAAAGUGAGACCUGUACUGGGGUACUAUGGCCUUUAGGAGCAUUUGAGUCUAGAUCCAGAUAUAGUGAUAUACUGAAGGCAAAAUCCUUAAUUGUUCUUGCUUAUCACCCCUUAGAUAUUGUUCCAGUUUUGGAGCUGAGCCUCAUGAAAAGUCCCCAUCUCUGUUUUAAUUAGUCUGAUCACAUAUCACUCACAUAGAGCUUUUCUCAGAAAUUUGUGGCAUUGCCUCCUAGACGUAUUUGAUACAAGGCGUGAACAGGUCAAACUAAUUUAACUAACAAAUCUUAAUACAGAUGUACCUAAGGAUAAUGAUGCACCUGAAGAAAUAAAAAUGUCACUGGGAUAUGGUAAGUAUGUUGAAUUUGAUAAAAGAGAAGUCGUUACAACAAUUAAAGAAUCCCAUAUCAAUCUGGUGAAUGCUCUUUUCUCUUAGAAAACAAUUAUUACAAAACUGCAUACACAAUUUGAAACUCAGAAUUGAGUACCUGUGGACUUUUUCAGAUUCUAGAUUUUGAACAGAAUUUUGUAAGAUGCUUUCUUAAUUGUAAUAGGAAAUAAAGUUUGCAAAUAACCCCUUCAUACUUUUGGAUUUCCAAAAUCUUCAUAUUGAAUGAGAAUUUUUGGACGCUUUUCUUAUAAAGCUACUCUGUAGUCAUUAGGAGAUACACACACUUCUACCUUCUCUGGAUUGUUUGCUGUAGGAAAACAAGCAAACAAACAAACUUUCCUCAGGAAUUAAUUUUCUUUACUUUCUAUAGAGCUAGAAGUAAUGUAAAUCAACCACGUGGAUGCAACGAAAACUAAAUAACAGUUUCCUCAGUUACAUAUAACAAUCAAGCUGGAGUUAUCCUUCGCUGUGAUUUGUGCAUCUAGGGGUCCCUCUUUUGAAAAGGACUCUGCCAAAAAGCUUUAUACUUAUAUGCCUUUUUGAAACUAUAGAAGGAUGUUUUUUACUGUUGUGAGCUAGAGAACUUUACAGAUCCCCUGAAUAAGCUUACAGGCAUCACAACAACAGCUAGGAAAAAUCCUAGCUGCUUCCCAGUGUGACUCUGAAGAUGGAUUCCAAACAGCGUUUGUAGGUAGGAAUUCUAAGGGGUCCAUCACACUCUGAAAUGUUCAUGCAGCCUCUUUACAGUCGGUGACUUCUCUGUUUUAAAAUGCCCUUCCAAACCUGAGCUCCAAAAACGGAUACUAUGUCUUUUCUGUUAAAUACCUUGGCAUUCCUCCUACCGAAUCAAACAGAGGCCAUUUAUUUCUCGGUCAUCCCAAAUCUCCAAUCUGGAUUUGGUACCCACAAAGAAGUUUUUUUCCACAUACAGUAGGUAGCUGCGUGUCAUAAAACCUUAAACUUCGGUCAUUCAAAUAAACUUCUGAUUUAUGAUUUGUCUCAAUGGUUAUGCAAUAUCUACAGAUAGUUAAAAACAAUGGUAGUAUUGUGUUGUAAAAUAAUAAAUAAUCUACAACUCUGAGUAGUUUCAGAAAGGGAUGAUUUCGUGAAUUAUUUCCACCUUGGUAAAUGUAUUUAUUGAGGUUUAAUAGCACUGCUGGGCUACAUAUCAGCUUAUGAACUUCAACUCUCAUUACACACAGUAAAACCACUGCCUUUUACUCACCUGUUAUGCAGUUAGCUAUUAAAUGCCAAUAGUUUCUUGAUGUAUCUGCUGACAGAUCAACCAAGUCAAUUUUUCUCAAACAACUAGUCAUUGUAAAUCCUUCAAAAGUUUUUUUUUUUUUUCUAAAUAUCUACUUCUCCAAAUCCUGGUUGCUGAUGGGUCGUUUCAUUAUAGUUCAUUCUCCUAUAGUUUGGGGAUUUUUACUGAAUUCCUGGAUUACAGUGCCAAUAUACCAGCUGGAAUAUCUUUUACUCCUUACAUGAGCGACUCCUUACAUGUCUCCAUCUAGACAUAGUGAAGUUCAGAAGGCUGUUUUUUCUGUAUGCCACACAUAAGGCCUACUUACAUUUGCAGUCCAUCAGGUAGAUAUGGGAGGAAGAGUGGGGAGAGGUGAGUUCAGGGCCUCUAUCACUCCCACGAUAGAGGAUACCCAGCUUCAGUGCGUGGCCGGAAUCAGCUCUGUACCCUAUCACUCCACCUGCAUCCUGACUAAAUGACUGAAGAACUCUGUUUUGUUAAUUAAAGUAGAAUAAAUGAGCCCAGAGGGUUAACGUAUUAGCAGCUGACAAUGGCUUGGGCCUAAAAACACUUUGUCCUACCUAAACGUAUGGUUAGCCCCAAAAAAGUCAUGUGGAAGUCUGGAAGUUUAUCAUUUAGGUUACACAUAAGAAAAACAAUCAGAAACAAACACUUUCUCAUGUAAAAGCUGAAUUAUUAUGGAAGCCAAAUAAUAAUAAAUAAGUAUUUUUGCUAGAAAGAGGCUACCAGGCUCUUUUUUGUCAACUGAUAUUUUUUGGGGAAUAAUUUAUCCUUUGGCUAAGUUCUGAGUUGAUUAUUGUGAUACUGUAUGUGAGAAUGUGUUUAUCUUUCCUGCAGUUGAGAAGAAAGUAUGGGGAGAAAUAAAAAGUAGUGAAGAGCUGAAGAAACCUCUAACGCCAACCUGUUAUUGUCAGGGGACUGUCUGUUUAAAGGGUACAGCACCACAUGGUUCUAAUUUAUGGGUGCUCUGAACUGGGAGUCAGCUGUACAGCUUAUGCUCUAGACUUUGUCAUAGCUCCUCAUUUUUGAAAGCUAUUUGACCAAAUAAUUUUUUUGCAUUAGUUCCUCUUGGGAGGACCCACCUCCUUCCUUCAAGUCAGUACAGCAGGCAGUAGACUCAGAAAAGGACAAGAAGGAGGUAGGACAGGAGGACUAUGACAGGGCAAAGAAGAAAAGAAUAGACAGAAUAAAAUCUCCCACGUAUCAGGCUGUGAUUUUGCUGGUUCAGUAGUAAUGGCCACUUGCCCUCAGCAUUGUUCUGGAUAUCCAAUGAUAAUAAUCCUCUUCUUAAAACACAAUUAAAACAUUUUAUUUUCUGCAAAUUAAUUUUCAUGGGAAUUAUGAGAUUCCAUUUUUAAAUUAAAAAGCAGAAGUUUGUCAGUCUCUGUUGGUUGAGUUCCUUUGACUGAAAUAUCUAAGUUAACAUGUAAGAUAUUCUAAUUAUUAUUCUGAUGUUUUGCUUAAUGCAAUAAUGAAAACUGUUCAGUGAUGGAGAAGAAAAUCUAUUCAGUAAAGGCAGCCUUUUACCAAGGAGCUUGAACACAGGAGUUUAGUCCACUUCUUAACACUCCACGUCCUUCUCUUAAAAAGCUCUAGAAAGAAGUGCUAAUGGGUGGAUUGAAAUAUUCUUUACUAUCUUCAUCCACUGCUUAGUCCUAAAUCCAGCUCAGGUGGUCAUUUCCAUCUUUUCUUUGUUUAGAAGUAUGGAAUUUAUCACAAUCCCUGAGUUGCAUUAAAAGUCUGUGUUUGAACUAUUUUGAACUGUUUGAAGCCCAACGUAGGAAUGAAGCAAAACCUCAUUCUUCCCAAGACGUUGGAAUGAAUUCAGAAUCUCAGAUCCAGGCUCAAAAUUAAUCACAUGACUAAUUUUUUUCCAGGAUGGAAGCCCAAACUAUAGAUCUCUGUACCCGUAAACUUUGCAGUAGUUUAAAUCUAAUCCAGUAUGUGUAAUUUUAUCUAGAAGAAAUGGUCACAGGAUAUGUUAAUACUUCAAGCUAACAGACAAAUGGAAGCCCAGAGAUUAUGAUUAACACAGAAGAAAUACUUUUGCAAAGAUAUUCUAGAAACUUGAUUUACUGUCU